UAAUGAAAGAUGUGUGUGUAUAUAUAUAAUUAAUCCGAUCAUAUAUUGUCAAUUUGUCAUCCGAUCCUCAUCUGGAUUCAUAAAUAAUACCUCGAUCACCCCAUCAUUACAAUAACACUAGAAACACAUAGAGAAAUUCAUGGAACCACAAUCAGAAUCAUCUAUAAUUAGUAUGAUUCAGCCUCGGAGGCUCAUAGACUUCCUUGAAGACCAAAACCUCCCCUUCCCUCGUCGUCCCAAAUCCAAAAUCUCCGUCUUUAUCCACGCCUUUUCUCGUCGUUUCUCCAACAAAUUAAACAAAUCGUCUUCCUCUCGUUGUCCUGCAGCUGAGCCUUCAAUGUCCAGAACAACUUCGGUGACUGUCAAGGAUAUCCUACGCUGGAAAUCAUUUCGUGAUCUAAACGAACCAAUAUUACUAAUAGAUAACAAUAAUAAUGUUCCUCUACCACCAUCAAUAAUGUCUCCUAAAUGUACUAGUAUUAUAAGCACAACGUCCAGUGGUUCGUCGCCGAAUAGUAGCUGGAGUAGUGAUUUUACAGUCGGUGAUUCCCCUGUAUGGUGUCGCGGAUUGAUUUCUUCUAGUGAUGUUGUUGUUGAUGAUGAGGUCACUAGUUGUAAGAAACAUUUCCAUGUUAAUGUUGGUUGUGCCGAAAACGCCCAUAACAACAUCACCAAGUUAGCUCAUCCAAAGGAUCGUAUUGUACACGAAGAAGAAGAACAAUUUAGUCCAAUUUCGGUCCUUGAUUUUACACAACAACAUGAAGAAACAUUUUCUUCAUUUCAUCAAAGCCUUGUCAAUAUGCAAAGACGAAACAUAAUGCUAAAGCAACGAAUUCAAGACUUUGAGAAUCUCAUUGGGGAUGAAGAAGAUCAUUUUUUAGAGAAUAAUGAUAAGUACGAAUUAAAUGAUGAUAUCGAAUCAUUUCAAAUCGAAGAAAAGGCAAUCCAAUUAAUAGAUCAUGUCUUCAAAUUAACAACUACAAGCUCUGGUAGUAAGGAAUGGGACAUAAACAUGGAUUGUAUGCUACUAGAUUUCUUUAGGGAUGAAUUGAUCACAUCCAAAGAAACGAAAAGCAAUAGCCGCGAAAUUGAAUCAAAGAUUUUGAGGAUGGCAAAAUCUUGGGUUAAAGGCGAAGAUCAUGACGGAUCUUUGGAGUGGGCAUUGGAGGGUACUAGACAAGUGUGUAUUCAAGGAAUGGAAAAGAACGAGAAUUGGAGAGAUUUCGAACAAGAGCAACGAGAUAUUGCCAUUGAAAUCGAGGAAAUCAUGCUUAAUGAUUUGUUAGACGAGUUAUCAAUAGAUCUUCUUCUUAACAUUUAGAACUUUAGAUCCAACGUACUCUCCUUUGAAGUAAUUGCAUUGGAUAAAUAGUACUAGACUACUAGUAUUCAUGAAUCCACAAACAUCAUAUCGAUGAGAAUUAAGGAAUGUCAAAUGGCCUUUGAUUAGAUAGUACGGGCCUUGUGACCUUAUAGUAAUUGCGUCAUUGUAUUUGACGUUAGGACAAAAGAUUGUAAAUUAUAUGUAUUAUUAAGUAGCUAGUAAGUAUUUGAGGUUUUCCAAUUAAUAAUUCAUUGUAAACGUUCAUAUUAGUAAUACCAUAUUACUAUUCAGAUUC